AUGGGGAACCCUCCCGAGCAGUCCGGAUUCGCGCGCCUGCGGCACGCGGCGUUCCUGGAGUCCAUGGCGACGGACCUGCCCCGGAACUACGCCACGCAGGAGGUCAACCACCUCACCCUCGCCUACUUCGCCGUCGCCGGCCUCUCCCUCGUCCGGGAGCUCCACCUGGUUGACAAGGAUCAAAUUACCAAAUGGAUUUUGACUUUUCAAGUACAUCCCGAGGCACAUGACGACUUAGACAAUGGGCAAUUUUAUGGAUUUUGUGGCUCUAGAACAACGCAGUAUCCCUCCAAUAAUCUGAAGGACCCUUCCCAUAAUGGGAGUCAUCUAGCAAGCACUUAUUCUGCCCUUGCUAUAUUGAAGAUUGUAGGUUAUGAUGUACUAAACAUUGAUAGCAAGGCUCUUCUACAUUCGAUGAAGAAGCUCCAGCAACCAGAUGGAAGCUUCAUGCCCACUCAUAUUGGUGCAGAAACAGACCUACGCUUUGUAUACUGUGCUGCUGCGAUCUGUUCAAUGCUAAAAGACUGGACAGGAAUGGACAAGGAAAAGGCCAAGGAGUACAUUCUUAACUGCCAGUCAUAUGAUGGUGGCUUUGGCAUGGUUCCUGGUUCAGAGUCUCAUGGUGGAGGGACUUUCUGUGCUGUUGCAGCUCUAUAUCUGAUGGGUUUCAUUCAAGUUGAUUUGACAUCAAACUUGAGAGAAUCUGGAUCGAUUGAUGUACAAUUGCUCCUGGAGUGGUGUCUUCAGAGGCAAGCAGCAGAUGGGGGGUUCCAGGGGAGAAGAAACAAGCCUGCCGAUACAUGCUAUGCUUUCUGGGUUGGAGGCGUCCUGAAGAUCAUUGGCGCCUACCACUUGAUUGAUCAGAGUGCUCUGCGGGAAUUUUUGCUCACUUGCCAAUCACCUUAUGGAGGCUUUACGAAAUUCCCGGACGACGGAUUCCCAGACAUCUACCAUUCUUACUACGGGCUCGCCGCCCUCUCCUUGCUUGAAGAGGAAGAGGUCGAACCGCUCUGUGCCGAACUGGGGAUCAUGUCUGCUGCAUUGUAGCCAAGGAUAGGUCCUCCUCCUGCUGCUGUUGUAUCUAUUUAGUUAAACAAUGUUUUGGGUUGACAGAUAUUGUAAUUUAUACCAGUACAGCAUGUGGCUGAAACUGAAAACAAGGAAGUAAUUUUUGCAUGGAAGUUUUAGCUAGUUGAUCUGUUCUGCUUUCGUUGUGUGUUUUGUGCUGGCGGUCAGAAUAUUCUCAUCAUGCAACAUUAUCCCUGUUAAUCUAUCUGACCAUGGAUAAGAGAGCAAAAAGCAAAACA